AUGUGCGCGGCGCAACUAUUUCUCAGCAACACGUCUUACCCUCCAAAGCUACCCAUCCUCGACGUACACCCCUAUUGCUGUCGCGCAGCCAAUUCCUCGUCCACCAUGAUUUCCGACAACGAUCUCUACCGCCUUGCGAUCUUCCUUGGCUCCGCAGCCAUGGUAUUGAUCAUCCUUUACCACUUCGUUGAGGUCAACUCCAAGGAAAACGACAAGACCCAAGAGAAGCCCGCCAAGGUCAAGGGCUCUUCAUAA